CUCUAGAUUUUUUGUAGUUUUUUUUUUCUAUAUUUUCAUUUUUAUUUAUAUUUUUUCUCUUUUCUAAGACUUAAAGAGUUAAUUGUUUGGCCGUGGAACUUACUUCAUAGAUUUGGUGGACUUGACUUACUAGUCAAGUCUUUUUUGUUCUUCUUUCUAGAAUUGUAGAAUUUAAAUGGACCAUAAAUGCUUUCCGUGGAAAAUUCAAGUUGGAAAUUGGAUUUUCUGGAAAUUUUUAACUCCAUAUACUUGGUUGACUUGACUUGAGUUGACCUCCUUGUCAAGUUCUUUUGAUGUUCUUUCUACACGCCGAAUUUCAUUCAUACAUAUGAAUGCUUUCUGUGGAAAAUUCAAGUUGGAAAUUUAAAUUGGAGUCUUCGAAGAAAUUUCCUAAUGCUUGAUGUGGUAGAAAACAUUUUUCUUUAACUUUAUAUAUUAGGUGUUGGUAGCAAUGAUCAGUACGCAACCAUGAAAGCAGUUACAAUUUCCUUGUUUGGGUUUCUUCUUGUCAUCGCAGCGGCUAUUAUUAGCUUUUGUGAUGGGAAUUCCAAAGUGCUUUGCAUUGGAAGUGAGGGGCAAGCCCUUUUGACGUUCAAGCAAGACCUCAUUGAUCGAUCAAACAGGCUAUCUUCUUGGGUUGAAGGUGAGGAUUGCUGUGAAUGGCAUGGUGUUUUCUGCAAUAGCCUGACUGGCCAUGUUAAAGAGCUGCAUUUGGGGCUUCUUUCAACUAGUCCUGAUGCUUAUGCACCGGCUGCUGAAUGGGAUGCUUACUUUCGAUCAAAGUUAGGAGGCAAAAUAAAUCCAUCUUUGGUCGAUUUGAAACAUCUCAGUUUCCUAGACUUAAGUAAUAAUGAAUUUGGAGGCCUGGCAAUUCCCGAAUUCAUUGGUUCGAUGAAGAGUUUGACGUAUCUUAACCUCUCUUGGGCAAAUUUCGUAGGAGCAAUUCCCCAUAAUCUUGGAAAUCUCUCAAAACUGCAUUAUCUUGAUCUUGGAAUCAAUUCCUUAUUUGAAGCUAAAACUCUUCAAUGGGUUUCUGGUCUUUCAUCUCUGCAGUAUCUUGGUUUGAGCCUUGCAAAUCUUAGUAAAGCAACUGAUUGGCUGCAGGCAACACACAAUCUUCCUUCUUUGGUGGAGUUACACUUGUCAGGAUGCUCUCUAAAUAAUGGUCCAUCUCCAAUCAGUGUUAAUUACACAUCUCUUGCUGUUCUUGAUCUUUCUCAAAACAUGUUGUCUUCGGUGACAUGGAUAUUCAAUCUUCGUAGUCUUGUGUCCAUUGAUCUUAGCUCUAGUGGAGUUGAAGGUAUGAUUCCCAGUGGCUUUCAAAACAUGUCUUCUCUCAAAUUUCUUGAUCUUAGUUGGAAUUCAUUCUCUUCAUCAUCGACACUCAACUGGUUGUCUGAUUUAAACCAACUUCAAUUCCUUAGUCUUAACAGUGUCGGCCUGCAAGGUAAUUUUUCAAGUGCCAUUGGAAACUUAAGCUCUCUUACUCAUCUUGAUUUUUCAAAUAACCAGCUUGAGAUUGAACCCAAAUAUUUGGAAAGUCUUUGCAAUAUGAGGGAGAUGGAUUUGUCAAAUAAUACAAUUAAUCAUGAGGUCUCAGAAAUCAUAGAGAGUUUGUCUAGAUGUAGUUUGGAUCGAUUAGAGUCAUUAAAUAUUGCAUUUAACAAACUUUCUGGCCAUUUACCUAAUCAACUUGGCCAAUUUAAAACUUUAGCAUACCUUUACCUUAACCGAAACUCCAUUUCUGGUCCCAUUCCAUUCUCAAUAGGGGAGUUGUCAUCAUUGAAAGUUCUUGAUAUUUCAUACAAUCGAUUGAAUGCAACUCUUCCUCAAAUUUUAGGACAACUUGGGAAUUUGGAACAUUUAGACGUUAGCAAUAAUAUGUUGGAAGGAAAUAUAUCAGAAACGCACUUUUCUAAUCUCACGAUAUUGAGAUCUUUUUGGGCAUCUAACAACAUGUUAACGUUUAUACCAAACCCAAGUUGGAUUCCUCCUUUUCACUGUGAAAGUAUUGGACUAGGUAACUGGCGUCUUGGUCGGCAAUUUCCUCAGUGGCUACAAUUCCAAAGGAACAUGUAUAGUUUAGACAUCUCCCAUGCUGGAAUUUCAGGUGUCAUUCCCACUUGGUUUUGGAACCUUUCGACUUCAUUUGAAUAUCUAAACCUUUCCCAUAACCAAUUAGUCGGGGAGUUUUCAUAUUUACCGAUAAGUUGGAUUGCUGACUUGAGUUCCAACCUAUUCACAGGUCCAUUGCCACAGGCAAUAUUCUCAGAUUUGGGGGAUUUAUUUUUGUCCAAGAACUUUUUUUCAGGAUCACUUUUUAAUUUUCUUUGUAAUUCCUCAAAUAACCUGAAAGUUUUGAACAUUCUUCACGUUGAAUCAAAUCUUCUGUCAGGUGAAAUUCCAGAUUGUUGGGAAAAUAUGCCAAUGUUGGAAGUCCUAAAUUUAGGAAACAAUAUCAUUAAGCCUUCGUAA